GAUAGGAUGAGCCGCAUGACUUGCUGUGCCCUUCCGCUUCCGACGACAGAAUCAACACCGUCGUACGCGAACGCCGAAGGCAAGGUGCUUCCGAUUCGUCUUCUCCAUCCGUUCGAUCCCGUUGAGAAUCUAGGGUUUCCAGAUUCUCAAAACGGUUCCUUCCUGUGAACUCUGAGGCAUCCUAGAUCUUCUCUUUGGCCUCGGAUUAAAGGGUUGGGUAAGAGGUAUUGGAAAUAAGAGAGCUGGUCAAACCAUGGUGGUCGCAAUGUCCUCAUCCUCAUUCUCGCUUGCCUCAAUCUUCCUCCGACGCAUUUCUGCUGCCACUCUCAAUCAUGUCCCUCCUGUUUCAGCACUAAAAACACCACUACUGCCCUCAGCAACUAUUCCCACCUAUCAUGGAACAACGCACAGGUCAUCCCUUCUGACUAACCCCUCAGUUGAGCUUUGUAGAAGGAUCUCUUUUGUGCCCCCAUCCAGUGAUUACUUACCAUAUGGCAGUCUCCGCAAGAGGGGUUUCUGCAGUGUAAGGGCCACAGAGGUGUCUGAUUCCGGCUCAAUCGACUCCCCUAUGAUACAAGCCAUGGAGAAGAAGAUUAAGGAGCAACUUAACGCGGAUGCUGUCAUCGUUAAAGAUGCAUAUGGAGAUGGCCGACAUGUAAGCAUCGAUGUAGUCUCCAAAGCAUUUGAAGGACAAUCAUCCGUGAACAGGCAGAGAAUGGUAUACAAAGCUAUAUGGGAGGAGCUUCAGAGCACUGUGCAUGCUGUUGACCAAAUGACAACAAAAACUCCCGCAGAGAUCAACACAAAUAAAUAGUUUCAAUUUAGGAACUAUUCAAUUAUAUUUUGUGAUACUAUUUUCAAGCUGUAAUAACUUAAUGUCUAAUUCCCUAGGUCAUUAUGGGUCGUUUGCAAACUUGAGAAUAAUUCCUGCAUCAUAGAAGAAAAUCAAUUCUCUUAUGUAAUCGUGUUCUAUUCUAUGCCACUGGUGAAGACGACAUAGGAUGGUUUUCAUGUUA